AUGAAUAAUACAGCUACUUCAACUACUACAGCAAAGAAUAAAAAAUGGUGGUUUGGCAUAAUCAAGAAAUAUGGUUUCAAGGAUGAUCAGGCCAUCAACUAUUAUCAUGACCAACAUUUGAAUAAAUCAAAUUCUUCCUCCCCUACAACAUUUAACAAAAUAUUCAACAGAAAAACACCUCAACCUCAUCCAUCACCACCUAUUGCUCCUCUUGAAUUCACACCUCAUAAACUUUCUGUAGAUGAUAAUAAUAAUUCUUUAAGAAAGAGUUCACCAAGUCUAGCUAUACCAAACCUCGACAACAUCAAUGACAACCACCACCACUACAACCUCCACCAUUCCACUAAACUUGGUAAUCAAAAUCAACAACAACAACAGCGAUCAUUAGAUUCAAAGAAUCAUCAUAGAGGUCUUGCCUUUAUCUUUAAAAGAAAACAAUCUUCCAACAAGGAUGAUAAAGUGCAACUUGACAAGUCUUUUGAAAUUGAAUGUGAUUCCCCACCAAAACAACCAAAAUGGAUUCCAUCUUCAAAAUCACCACCAAGAUCACAAACCAUUAGUCAAUUCCCACCAUCUCUAAAUCAAAAAAAUAUAAUGGUUAAAAUUGAUCCAUUAUCCUCACCAUCAUCACCAUUAUCCCAAAGCGGAGGUGAAUUUUCAAAGAGAUCAAAAUCAUUCAACUCUAUUCAUCAAAAGAGUUUACAUUUUGUAGAUACAAUUAAAAAGAAAAUUAAAAAAAAUGAUCAACCAAUUGUAUCAACAGGACAGGAAAUAGAAAAUCAACAAAAGAAACCAGAAAAAGAAGAGGAGGAAGAAGAAGAAGAAGAAGAAGAAGAAGAAGAAGAAGAAGAGAUAUACUCUACAUAUUUACAAUCAUCAACAACGUCAACAUUGAAACCACCCGCAGAUAAUGACACUUCAACACCCAACAAAAAAUCAAUAGCAUUGUUUUUUCAAUCAUCUAUUCAAUAUUUAAAAUCAAUCAAACAACUUGUACAUUCCAACAACAACAAUAAUAAUAAUAAUAAUAAUAAUAAUAAUUAUAAUAAUAAUAAUAAUAAUAAUAAUAAUAAUGAAAAUAAUUUAGAUCAACCAUUCCAUUUUGAUAAUAAUGAUAUUGAAAGUCAUUGGCAAGUACCAUCACUAUCUUCAUCUACACGUAGUUUUACUACUGGUAGUAAUAGUAAACACUCUGUCAUUGGCAAGAAACAUAAAGCCACGAUGCUGGAAAUAUUGUUGAAAUUAAAAGAAGAUGAAAUAGAAAAGUUAAGUGGCAAUCUUUAUGAUUCAGAACAUCAAAUAGAAAGACUAUGGGACAAGAAUAGAGAAUUGGUACAAUUAAAUGAAUUAUUACUUCAUUUAUUGUCAAAAGAAAGAAAUCAACAACUAUCAAAAAUGACAACUGAUAAUGACAAUGACUAUGAUGGUGAUGAUAAUGAUGACAAUGAAAAUUAUGAUUCAAUGAGAAUGCCAUUGAUCGCAUUUAGGAUGCUGUCUUUUUAUGUUUGGAACAUCCACCCCUCCACCACAGUUUAUAAUAAUAAUAAUAAUAAUAUUAAUAAUAAUAAUAAUAAUAAUAAUAAUAUUAAUAAUAAUAAUAAUAAUAAUAAUAAUAAUAAUAAUAAUAAUAAUAAUAAUAAUAGUAAGGAGGAAGAGGAGGAGGAGGUGGAAGAAGAUAAUAUAGAAAUGCCAAUUGAAUCUAUUCAUCAAACAACCAACAAUGAUAAAGAAUUUCAAAAUCCAGUAAUUAAUGUGCAAUUAAUAAAUUAA